AUGUCACUAUGGUUCAUUGCAUUCUCCACUUUCAUAUUAUGCAUCUUAAUAUACCGUUUUCUGAAAUUUGCAACAAAAUCUUCUUCUUCUUCACUACCACUUCCACCUGGACCAAAACCAUGGCCUAUAAUAGGUAACAUUCCACACUUAGGCACUGCCCCACAUCAAUCUCUUGCAGCCUUGGCUAAAACCUAUGGUCCUUUAAUGUACCUUAAAUUAGGUUCAGUGGAUGCCGUCGUGGCGGCUUCGGCCGCCGUGGCCGAACAAUUCUUAAAGGUUCAUGAUGCUAAUUUUAGUAGCCGGCCACCUAAUGCCGGAGCUAAAUACAUAGGUUAUAAUUAUCAAGACCUUGUUUUCGGUCCUUAUGGCCCGCGGUGGCGAUUGCUUCGGAAAAUUACCUCCGUUCAUCUCUUCUGUAACAAAUCUUUGGAUGAAUUCAAACACUUGCGUCAGGAAGAGGUAACAAGAUUGAUACAAAAUUUGGCAAGUAAUUCAGGAUCAAAAGCUGUAAACUUGGGACAACUAUUGAACGUAUGUACAACCAAUGCACUUGCUAAAGUUGUGUUGGGAAGGAGAGUGUUCAAUGAUGGCAAUGGUGGUUUUGACCCUAAAGCUGAUGAGUUUAAGGAUAUGGUUGAUGAGUUGAUGGUUUUAGGUGGAGUUUUUAACAUUGGUGAUUUUUUCCCUUCAUUGGAAUGGUUAGAUCUUCAAGGAGUUCAAGCUAAAAUGAAAAAGUUACACAAAAAGUUUGAUGCAUUUUUGACAAAUAUUAUUAAGGAACAUGAGACUUCUAAUUACUCUAAGAGUGAGAAACAUAAAGAUUUAUUGAGUACUUUGUUGUCACUUAAAGAGGAAAUUGAUGAGGACGGAAAUAAACUCAAUGAUGUUGAGAUGAAAGGACUACUUCUGAACAUGUUUGUAGCUGGAACAGAGACAACAUCAAUCACCAUAGAAUGGGCCAUAGCAGAACUCCUUCGAAAUCCAAAAAUCCUAACCAAAAUUCAAGAAGAAUUGGAAAAAGUUGUAGGUCGAGACACGAACGUGAAAGAAGAAGACAUACCAAACCUACCUUACCUACAAGCUGUUAUAAAAGAAACCUUUCGUUUACACCCACCGACGCCUCUUUCACUUCCGAGAAUUGCUUCUAAAAGUUGUGAGAUUUUUGGAUACCACAUUCCAAAGGAUUCAACUCUUUUAGUUAACGUAUGGGCCAUAGCUCGUGACCCUAAAAAAUGGGUUGAUCCAUUAGAGUUCAAGCCUGAAAGAUUUUUAUCGAAUGGUGAGAACUACGAUGUUGAUGUUAAAGGAAAUGAUUUUGAAGUUAUACCUUUUGGUGCUGGACGUAGAAUAUGUGCGGGGAUGAAUCUUGGAAUUCGAAUGGUUCAACUUCAAGUUGCUACUUUGGUUCAUUCGUUUGAUUGGGAGCUUGAAAAUGGGGUUAGUGGAGAAAAUAUAAACAUGGAUGAAGCAUUUGGGUUGGGUAUUUUGAGAGCAGUGCCAUUAUUAGUGCAUCCUAAAUGUAGGCUCUCACCACAUGUGUAUUCAUCUUCUUUAUGA